AUGAGUCCGACCAACAGCAGCCGCCAUGGCAGGCCAGAGGACGAGAUGUUCCUCAACAACUCUACUACUACUAAUGGUCGUGGUCAAGAUAAACGCGAAUCCCCUAUCGUCGAGCCUCUCAGAAUAAGCAAGCCUCCGUCAGCAACUCCUACCCCGCAGCCUCCGAGCAAUCUCCCUUAUCCAGAUGACCGUCCACGACCACAAUACACUACUGAAUCACCAUCCAGUCAGCCGCCCUACCCCGAGCCAGGUCGCAUUGCAAGUCCUGCGCAAAGGGUGGCUUCCCCAGGCUCGACACUGUCGUCCUCGGACUACCCAGCGGCUCUGCGACCCUAUGAGCCACGAGAGAACAAGCCUUCGCUUGCCGAACGGCGCGGCAAUGCCCCUCCAAGGCCAUUGCCAGAGUCUCCCGUGACGGAUAAUGCUGAGCAGGAGCGCCUAUACCAGCGAUUUCCCCAAGGGCCGGUUCCUUCGGUGAAUCAACCUGUUGCUGCAGAACCUGGGGAUCCAAACUCCAACCCGGAAUAUCACCAACAAUACUUCCCACCGCCCCCAACAGGAGGAGCCACGCCGCAGAACGCUGCACAGGCCCGUUUGAAAGUAUCUAAUUCAACUUCCAUCAAUCGGAUCAGCUCGACCGCGUCGAACUCGACAACAAGAGCGCAGCGGGGAUCACCGCCACCCCCGGAAACGCCUAUCGUCGGCCCUGGCCAGCAGCCAGGGGCGGACAUUGAGGCUCGGUUUGCGGCUGCUGGAAUUGCGGGUACAUCUACUCUGGCAAGUCUUCACUCGCACAAUGCGGCAGCUCAACAACGCGCAAAUCAAUACGCCAACCAACGGCCCAUACAGCGGCCUUGGACUCCAACUGAACAACCCGGAACUCAACCUCAUGGCCCUCCAACUGUAUACCAAGGCGCCAAUGAGAUUGCGAAUCAACAGCCUCCUCCUUCUGCUGCUCCCUCCCAGCCUAUAUCACAGUCGCCCGCACCAAGCAACAACAGUGAUCGACCUACUAUCCCCCCUAAUGCCCUAGAGCAGGACUUUCAGCGUAUGCAGCUUUCUUCCUCUCCACCUCCUGCGUACUCCAGUGUCCCCGGGGCCAACGCCUCUCAAUCAUAUCCUAAUGAAAAGGCGCGGCCUGCAGCUGCCUCUGGCCCUCUCCCAGGUCAUCCCGCUUCAUCCGUUGCACCCUCCACCGCUGGCUCGGCAGUCGGUGCUCCUUCAGGGAUUGCUCCAGUGAAUUCUCCAGCUCCUUCAGUUCAAAGCCAUCCAGCAUUCGCCAAUGACCCUAGACAGCAACAGACUGAGACAUCUCCACAGCCGAAUUAUCAAGCAGGCGCUCCUGUUGAACAGCAGCCUCAGGCAAACGCAUCACCACCUCCUGGAAUCACGCCAGCCUCUCCUCCCCCAUUGCCAGAAGGCUGGAUUGCUCAUUUAGACUCAAACUCUGGUCAAUAUUACUAUAUUCAUCUUCCUACUCAAUCGACGCAAUGGGAAUUCCCCAAGGGCCCAACGCCUCUCAAUCUCAACGAAGCACCUCUAUCACCAGUAGGAAGUGUUUACAGCGCACACCCUCUGACAUCACCUGCUUUCUCUACUUUUGGGGGCAAACCCCUUGCAUCACCUGGUGUUCCCAUGACGCCUAUGUAUGAGGGAAGUGUGAUGGGAUUUAGCACCGCUGGGGCUGUUUCUGGCCCCCCACCCACAAGUGGAGUCGAAUUAUACAAAGUCGCGGCCACAAACGGUGUCUAUUUUGGUCCCUAUUUGCGAUAUUGUAACAUGGACCUAGAGCGAGGUCUUUGGCUCGGGUCAAUUCUUCUCGUCACUGACGCUCCUAACCCCCCCACGAUUCAUAUUCACCAGAGCGUUGAUCUUUCUCCUAAUCCGAGACAGCUCAAAGGUGCCAACAUUUCUCAACACCAAAGAUGGGUUUUCUACAAAUAUGACAUUGAAUUGCAAAUGGAUGAUGCGGGUCCUGCUAAGUGGACAUAUGCAAUCACCUCCCACUUGGGCUGCACGCGUUACGAGUUCUUGGUCGCUGGACGACAUGAGACGAAUUGGAGAUUCAUUGCCACAUCUGGAAAUGAUUUUGCUUUAAAUGUAAACGCCAAUGAGCGAGCUCGUCUCGGUGGUACCGGUUUCAUGUGGAAAGAUAUUAUGCAAAAACAUGCAGAGGUCGGUGGCUUCCAUUGUCAACUAGGGCUCGGUGGGCAGAUUUUCGCAGACCGCAUCUGGAAAGAAAUUCCUCUUCUCAGACAAUGGCUGGGCAUACAUGGAAAGGAGCAACGUAAAAGUGCGCCGUGGACCGCUUCACAUGAGGAAGAGGUGUCGCAUGCAUACUUCCAUUUUUACACAAGUCAUUUUGAUCAACCUCAUCUUCGUGAAGCAUUCGCUCAGAUACCAUAUAUUCUGCAAUUGGACGAUCAUGACAUAUUUGAUGGCUUUGGGUCGUAUCCCCAACACAUGCAAUUCUCAAAUAUGUUUAAGAACAUUGGUCGUGUCGGCAUUGAAAUGUAUCUGCUAUUUCAACACCACACUACUCUAGAACUGCUUCGAAAUGUGAGCACCGAUCAAGAUCUCUUCACCAUCACAGGAACUGGCUGGCAUUUUGUGAAGUACCUUGGACCAGCGGUCGUAGUCGUUGGCCCUGAUUGCCGAUCGGAACGAAACCCACAUCAAGUCAUGGCUGGUCCAACAUACCAGGGACUAUUCCCAAAAAUAGCACUGCUACCCCCAAGCGUCCAACACUGCAUUUUAAUGAUAUCUGUGCCCUUGAUUUACCCCCGUCUGGAAUCCACAGAACAAAUAGCAAACGCAGUGGCUACGGGAAAGAAAGCCGUUACUGGGGCAUACAACCUUCUAGGAAAGGUGACUAGCUCUGUGGCUGGUGUUGUUGGGGCGAAAGACGCUGUGGGAUCUGGGUUUGAUGCCGUCAAGCGAGCAGUUGGUAAAACAGGACUAAUGGGCAGUGUCUUGAAUCCUUUUGGCGAGAUUGACCUCCUCGACGAGCUCCGAGAUCAAUGGACCCACGAUUCCAAAGAUCUAGAACGCACAUACUUGAUACGGACUCUGCAGGGGAUUGCAAAGCAAAAGUCAAUCCGCAUGACCUUCCUUUCUGGUGCAGUGAACGUCUGCGGAGCUGGUCUGGUGCACGACCCGAGCCACCCAUCCGACCACAAAACAAUGUAUCAACUCAUCGCAUCACCAGUGGUCAACACCCCUCCCUCAUCAUACAUUCUGAAACUGCUGCAUAACAACAAACCGCUAUACAUCCCCGCCAACGGCCAACGGUCGACCCCUUCCCAGUCAACCGACACCAAGGAGGACAUGCUCGAGCUCUUCCAAACCGACGUUAACGGCCAGCCCCGCGAGUACCGUCGUCUAAUGGGUCGCCGUAACUACGUCGCUAUCGUUGCCUACGAUCCGGAGGUUGUCUCUGGCACCUUUGGUCCGACAGAUAUGCACCGAGGCGGCGGCAAGCUCAGUCUCGCCGCUGAUUUUAUGGUUCAAGGUGAAGGGGCGUAUGGAAGUGUCGUCAAAUAUGGACCAGUCAUUAUUCCGAAUCUGGAGUAUGGUAGAUAG